AGACCCCGGAUGUGCGGCUAGCUUUACAUUACAGAAUCGGCAGGGAGGGAAUGUGUAGCUAGCUUUACCCUCACGGUCAUUUUAGAAUUUCCGACCGUGGAUCAGGAAAGUCAGCAAGAUGAACACGAUUUUGUCCCGGGCGAACACGAUUUUCGCCUUCACCCUGAGCGUGAUGGCAGCGCUGACGUUUUGCUGCUUCCUGACGACCGCCAUGAACGACCACCUGUCUCCCAUCAAGAUAGACGUCAACAAAAUCAUCGUGAAAAAUGUCCAGGAUUUCAGCACAACCAGAGAAAAGAAUGACCUUGGCUUCAUCACAUUUGACCUUCAGGCAGAUCUCCAGCACUUGUUCAACUGGAACAUGAAACAGCUUUUCCUGUACCUGACAGCAGAGUACACCAGUCCAAACAAUAAGCUGAACCAGGUUGUUCUAUGGGAUAAGAUCAUCAGGAGAGGGGAGAAUGCCCGGCUGGACUAUCGCAGCCUCCACUCCAAGUACUACUUCUUCGAUGAUGGGAAGGGACUCAGAGGUAACCAGAAUGUGACCUUGACCCUGUCCUGGAACGUCAUCCCCAAUGCUGGAACCCUGCCCAGAAUCAGCGGUGUGGGGUCAAAGACAUUCCAGUUUCCUGACGAGUACACGCCCGGCAACGCCAGGAUAUAGAGGGACACACCCGACAACGCCAGAUUGUAGUGGGAUAGUGUAGAACAGAGGGGGAACUAUAAAACGAUUACGUUGCAGUA